AUGGAGACCAAGGCGCUUACUAGUAUUGCUAUCAUAGGCGCCGGUCCAGCAGGUUUAGCUUUGGCUCUUUCUCUUCAUAUGCACGCUCCUCACAUCAGAACAUCUCUCUACGAGCUUCGCUCACCAACAACGUCUCUGUACGGCGCCGUCACCUUUUCACCCAAUUCAAUCCAAAUUCUAGAUAAACUCGGAGUUUAUCAACGGAUCAAAGACCAUGGGUUCGAGUUCGAGGAUAUAGUUUUCAAAGACAGUUCCAAUGUCACUACUGAUGUCUACUGCAUGGGAAAAGAACAGUUCGGCUAUAAAGCACUCCGAGUUUAUCGUCGAAUUGUACUGCGUGAGCUACGAGCAGUUGCAGCAGACAGAGGAAUCAGCGUCUUCUAUGGCCGAAAGUUCUCAAAAGUGGUUGACGAGGGAGAAGAGGGUGUUACAUUUGAAUUUGAGGAUGGCACAAGAGAGUCAGCGUCUCUUCUUGUUGGCGCGGACGGAAUCCAUUCUCCAGUUCGCCAGUACAUACAUCCUGAUGCUUCACCGAUCUACAGUGGUAACAUGUGCAUCACCUCUGCUGUCAAGCGUUCUCAAUUGCGUCUUCCAACUCCAUAUUUUCCUCUACCGUCAUCAAUUAGCUCAACACUAGGUGUCGUUGUGUUGGCACCUCAAGAUCCUGCCGGAGAAGAGAUCCUCGUCUUGACCCAACGACAGCAUCCUGAGCAAGACAAAGAAAAGUGGGAUAUAGUGCGAAACAACAAGCACAAGCUUCACUCCAUCCUACAGACCGGCAAAGAGACAUGGCCUGAUGUCGUGCAGUCAGCCUUGGAGCAUCUCGACAUUCAAAAACUCUCAGUGUGGCCUUUCUACCUUGUUCCUGGGCUCACUACCUGGAAGUCGGAAAAAGGAGGCGUCAUCAUCAUAGGCGAUGCUGCUCAUGCUAUUCCUCCUCCUGCCGGCCAAGGCGCAAGUCAAGCUCUCGAAGACGCUUUCUCGUUCUCCUAUCUUGUCUCAAAGCUAUCAAAAUUGGACGAUAGGAAUGAAGCGCUCAUGAAAUGGGAGAAGUAUAGGAUGGCGAGGAUGGAAAGAGUCACAGAGCUAACCAGGAAGUUGAGCAACCGAAGACUCCCUGCGGAAGCACUGGUGAAGUUGUUACUUGAAGACGUGUUCGUGGACGGUGCAAAGGAAGGACAAUCAUGGUUGUACGAGCCUAGAAUUGAGAAAACGGUCGACGACUUGCUUUCUAAGUUGACGAAAAUAUCGGAUCCAGCAAUUGAGUCGAAUCUCGACUUGCUUUCUAUGUUGACGACAUCCAAAACGCCGGAGCCAGCAGUUGAAUCAAAGCUCGCCGCGUCCUUGACUGCUGCAGCAUUGAUUUUGUCCGUAUCUUCUGGGAAAGCAAUUGCUUGA